AUGCAUCGUAAAAGGACGUCCUUGACAUCUCUUGAAGUUGGUCCAGAGCCGAAGAAGAGUGUUAUCCCAACCGUUUUAUCCUCGGCUCCUUCGAUCAAUCGAACCCAACCCUCCAGAUUCGUCUCCCAAAGUUACCUGAAGCAGCCGUAUAACACUCGGCACACGCUUUUUCAAAAGUGCGUAGAAUUUUUCUAGGGUCAAAUUGUUGGCCGCACCGUGCAAAAAAACUCUGUUUUGCACUGUGCAUUUGAAAUUUUGCACCGUGCGACGGAAGUGUCGCUUGGUGAAAGACAUUUUGAAUUUUGCCGCUGCGACUUUUUGCGCGAUGAUUGAAAAUGCACCGUGCAAAAUGAUUUGAAAGGGGUUUGCACGGUGCAAAAUUACUUGAAAAAGUUUUGCACGGUACAAAGAAGGGUCAAAAUGCACUGUGCAAAAUGAGUUGAAAAGGGUUUGCACCGUGCAAAAUGGCUGGAAAAUGGGUUGCACGGUGCAAAACGAGUCAAAAUGCACGGUGCAAAAUGAUUUGAAAAGGUUUUGCACUGUGCGAAAUGGCUUGAAAAGGGCUUGCACCGUGCAAAAAGGAUCAACAUGCACAGUGCAAAAUUACUUGUAAAGGGGUUUGCACCGUGCAAAAUGGCUGGAAAAUCGGUUGCACGGUGCAAAAAAAGGGUCAAAAUGCACGGUGCAAAAUGAUUUGAAAGGGGUCUGCACGGUGCAAAAUGACUUGACAAAGGUUUGCACGGUGCAAAAAAGGAAUCCUUCGAUUGCGACCCCGCUCGAUUGCGACCUCGCAUCGAUUGCGACCCCGCAUCGAUUGCGACCCAAAAUGGGGUAAAGCGACCCCGGGAUGAAAAUUCUUUCUCUUCGGGAAAAACUUGCUUUAGGGGUUUUCGAGGGUGCUGAUUUCGAAAAUGAUGUUCAUUUUUCCUCUAGUACUACAUAGUACUGUCUGAUACUAUAUAGUACGGAGUCAAAAUAUGGCUUUUGACGUUAAUGGUGUUGGUUUGAUGCUUAGUACUCUUCAAAAACACGUUUUAAAGACUUGGUGCUAUAUAGUACUAUCUGAUACUAUGUAGUACGAGGUGUAAAGUUGGCCUUUAGGCGUUCGUGGUGUUGUUCUGGUGCUUAGUAAGCCUAUUUUUACUUCGUACUAUAUAGUAUCAGACAGUACUAUAUAGCACCAAGUCUUUAAAACGUGUUUUUGAAGAGUACUAAGCAUCAAAACAACACCAUUAACGUCAAAAGCGAUAUUUUGACUUCGUACUAUAUAGUAUCAGACAGUACUAUGUAGUACUAGAGGAAAAAUGAACAUCAUUUUCGAAAUCAGCACCCUCGAAAACCCCUAAAUCGAGUAUUUAACGUCAAAAGCGAUAUUUUCACUUCGUACUAUAUAGUAUCAGACAGCACUAUGUAGUACUAGAGUAAAAAUGAACAUCAUUUUCGAAAUCAGCACCCUCGAAAACCCCUAAAGCAAGUUUUUCCCGAAGAGAAUCAAGGAAUUUUCAUCCCGGGGUCGCUUUACCCCAUUUUGGGUCGCAAUCGAUGCGGGGUCGCAAUCGAUGCUGGGUCGCAAUCGAUGCGGGGUCGCAAUCGAUGGAAUUCUGCAAAAAAGGGUCAAAAUGCACAGUGCAACAUGACUUGAAAAAGUUUUGCACUGUGCGCCGCAACAAAAACUCUACCCACUUUCUGGAAAUUUUAGCAGUAGCAAGACGAGUUCCCUCGCCGUUCCAACAAUCUCUUCUGUCAAAACACCAGCCCAACAAGUGAAGCCGGUAAAGCCUUCAGAAUCCGUGGAAUCGACAUCCUCGUUUUCAAAACCAACACUUCCUGAGUGUUCGUUUGCUCAGCCAGCUGAUCCUCGACCAUCUGGAGAUUGUGAAAAAAGUGGGUUGGCAUUAAAACCGUGUGCCAAAACAAAAGCUGACUUUGAACUGUGCAAUUUCUUGCUUUUUGCACCGUGCAAUAGGCUUUUUUUUGGGCUGUCGCUCGCACCUUGACUUUUUGCCCAAUGCGAACGUCUAAAAUUACUUCAGCGACUUUACGAACGGAGAGGUUCUGAGUAGAUUCAAAAUUUUUUUUGACAAUACGCUCAACCACGAGUCUCGUUUAUAUCGAAUUUUUUGUUUCUGCACCGUGCAAUGGCAGAAAUUAUUUGCAGUUUGCAAAUUUUUGGCCUGUAGGGUUGCACAGUGCAGAACGAAAAAUUUGAUGUAGGUGAAACCCGUGGUUGAGCGUUGUGGUCAAAAAAUUUUGAAUCUAUUCGGAACCUCCCCGUUCGUAAAGUCGCUGGAGUAAUUUUGGACGUUUGCACUGUGCAGAAAAAGUCAGGAUGCGAGCGACAGCCCAAAAAAAGCCUAUUGCACGGUGCAAACAACAAGAAAUUGCACAGUGCAAAGUUAGCUUUUGUUUUUGCACAGUGCAUGUCGCGAAAAUCAGACUGAUAUUGUUAUUUUAAGUUUUGUACACAGGAUCAUCCAAUAUCAAUCAGGAAGAGAUAGCAGCGCAAUUCCAAACACUCGACUUUCAAACAGCGGGCCAUGCACCGAUCAAAUUGUUAGCCAGCAAGUUGAAUGCGGCCAGAUCUUUGCUCAGAGAGGUGGAUAUUACAGUAAGUAGAUUUCGUGGCACGAUUUUAUUAUUUUUUUAUUUUUAGGAUAGGGAGGAGGUGGAGAACACAAAUUUAAUACCUAAAGAAAUCCGCGACUUCCCAGACUCAUUGGAACAGGAUCUGGAUGUGGAUUGGGCUUCCGUCGGCAAGUCAAUCGAGGAAAAGUUGAACGAGACGGCGUGA